GAGCGCAGCAGACACAACGGCUGGGAGGAAAGGCGAAGAAGGAGAGAAACGGGGCUAAAUGAAAACACUCUUACCUGCUUCUUCUGCGGGAUUUUGCUGUCUGUAGAACCGCCGCCACCGCCCAGAGGGAUGUUCUGGAGGCUUUUGUGAUUAAUUCUUCAGGUAUCCUUUGAGAAGACGCAUCUUGCCCUGGCCCCGGUAAAGGAGACUGUGGGGUUUGGAGCUGCUGCUCUCCCUUUCGAGACUCUGGCUAGACAGACUUUCUCUCUCUGGCCAGCAUGACGGACGUGGUGAUCGUGAAGGAAGGGUGGCUCCACAAACGAGGAGAGUACAUUAAGACGUGGAGGCCGAGGUAUUUCCUGCUGAAGAAUGACGGUACGUUUAUUGGGUAUAAGGAGAGACCACAAGAUGUGGACCAGCUGGAGACUCCCCUCAAUAACUUCUCUGUGGCACAGUGUCAGCUGAUGAAGACGGAGCGGCCCAAGCCCAGCACAUUUAUCAUCCGCUGCCUGCAGUGGACCACUGUCAUUGAGCGCACCUUCCAUGUGGAGACCCCAGAGGAACGGGAGGAGUGGAUCAAAGCCAUCCAGGCUGUGGCGGACAGUCUGCAGAAACAAGAGGAGGAGAUGAUGGACUCCUCUCCUGACCCCAUGGACAUGGAGAUGUAUCUGACCAAACCUCGACACAAAGUGACUAUGCAUGACUUUGAAUACCUCAAACUCCUUGGGAAAGGCACUUUUGGCAAAGUCAUCCUGGUGAAGGAGAAGGCCACAGGGAAAUACUACGCCAUGAAAAUCCUUAAGAAGGAAGUCAUAGUAGCAAAAGAUGAAGUGGCUCACACACUCACUGAAAACCGUGUGCUCCAGAAUUCUAAACACCCCUUCUUGACGGGGCUGAAAUACUCCUUCCAAACACAUGAUCGUCUCUGCUUCGUCAUGGAGUAUGCAAACGGAGGAGAGCUUUUCUUUCACUUGUCGCGGGACCGGGUGUUCUCCGAGGAUCGGGCGCGGUUCUAUGGUGCUGAAAUAGUGUCUGCGCUGGACUACCUGCACUCUGAGAGGAACGUGGUGUACCGGGAUCUGAAGUUGGAAAAUCUGAUGCUGGACAAAGAUGGCCACAUAAAGAUCACAGACUUUGGGCUUUGUAAGGAGGGCAUAAAGGACGGGGCCACCAUGAAGACCUUCUGUGGAACUCCAGAGUAUCUGGCUCCUGAGGUACUAGAGGAUAACGAUUACGGCCGUGCUGUAGACUGGUGGGGGCUGGGCGUGGUGAUGUAUGAGAUGAUGUGUGGACGCCUUCCUUUCUACAACCAGGAUCACGAGCGUCUGUUCGAGCUCAUUCUCAUGGAGGACAUCCGUUUCCCCCGGACUCUCGCUCCCGAGGGCAAGUCUCUCCUCUCCGGGCUCCUCAAGAAAGACCCUAAACAACGGUUAGGAGGUGGUCCAGAUGAUGCGAAGGAAAUCAUGCAGCACAAGUUUUUUGCUGGAAUUGUGUGGCAAGAUGUUUACGAGAAAAAGCUGAUUGCUCCAUUUAAGCCCCAGGUUACCUCAGAAACGGACACAAGGUAUUUUGAUGAGGAGUUCACUGCACAGACCAUCACCAUCACACCACCUGGAGAAGAUGAAAGCAUGGAGCCGUUUGACAGCGAGAGGAGACCCCACUUCCCUAAGUUUUCUUACUCAGCCAGCGGGACCUGCUAGAGGAUCUUUCUGCCUCUGUGCCGCCGAGACCAGCACCCCCUGCUGGGCACUCCGGGUAGCUGUUGCUCUUUUGCACCACUGAGGACACGUUUCCCCCCCCAUCCGACCACGACCACUUCACCAUCGUAAAGAAAAGAAGAAAACGAAAAGAAAAUAAAAAUACAAAAAACGGGCAUCUGAAUAAGAGCGGCCUUCAGCAACAUCCUGCUGAACUGCACACACACACACACAAACACACACAAACACACACACACACACACAUGUUCUGACUGGGCUUUUCUGCCCUUCUGGUUUAUCGUACACGUUUUACUUGUUCUCUCGACCUCAUAGUAUUUGUGAAAGGAAAGAGCAAACAUACUGCAGACUUUUGAUGCUUCUGUGGCCUUUCAACAACUUUUUUUAUUUUAUGUAUUUUUAUUUUUUUUCGAGGAUGUGAAAGAGAGAGAGAGAGAGAGAGAACACUGCACCACCACGUUCUCUAUACGAAAAAAAAAAAAAAAACGAAUGAAAAAUCAGUGGAAAAAAGAAAACAACGCUACCUGACGCAGAAGUCCUAGGUUUUUAGAGCACUUCCUGAACCUGUUUAGGUUACAGCAACUAAUAUAAUGCCAAAUAACGUAGAACAUUUCUUAGUUUUUUUGGGGUUUUUUUUUAAAGAAGAAGAAGAAAAAAAAGAACACCAAUCGUUUGGACCAACCGAAGCCUUUUCUACAUUUUCGUACACUUAAAAACUUAAAAAAAAAAAAAAAAAAAAAAAAAAAGACUGAAUUGAAGAAAUUGUCUCGUCUUGGAAUAAAGUGUAAUUUAAUCAUUUAACACAUUGCAUUAGAAGAGGAACUUGUGUGUGUGUGUGUGUGUGUAGCCUUUGUGGCAUUUUUCUUUCUUUCUUUUUUUUUAUUUUAUUUUAUUUUUAUUAUUUUUUAUAUAGAUACGUCGACUGGAACUGCUUUGUCCCAAGUGCUUUUAGCUACGUUUACCCUGCAUUUGUACUAUAAUCAUUUGUACUGAAUGUGCAAUAUUGUAGCGGAUUAAAAGUGCAUAGAUAUUUUAGUCAUUUUAGUGGUUCAGUUGCAACAAGAACAACAAUUCAUGGCAAUUCAAUCUUUCAUUUUAGUUUAAAAUUUAUGAUUUAUGUCAUUUUUGAAACAUUUUUGGAAGUGUUUGUUCCCCAGCCCGUGUAAUAGCCCUGUAUUAAUCACAUUGUUUGGGUACUCCUCCUCUUUCUCUACUCCUUUUUCUUCUUCUCUACACCUUCCUCACACUCUUUCUUUCUUUUCUUUCCUCUCUUUUUUGGACUGGUUUGUUUCUGUAUUUCUGUAUUGGGCGUGAUUCUGCUCCCAGUGCACGUUGCACAGCCUCAGUGAGGUACUACAACUAGAACUACUUCAACAACAACUUUUAUUCUUACAACAACUCUUUUCACGGCUUUGAAUCCAACGGAGCCUUUCGGCAGAUCCAGCCUUCGCCAACUUUCUCUUCUACUUUUUUAUUAUUAUUAUUAUUAUUAUUAUUAUUAUUUUUAACCUUUUUUUAAUUUCUUCGUUAUUUAUAUAUUAAAUAAAACCAGCAAUGAGUGAGUAGGGAGGAGAUUGACUUUGCGGGAGAACAAUGCACUUUCCUGCCUCAGAUACUGUUGCGUUUGUACUUUGAUGUUUUAAGGCAUUUUUUUUUUACACAACGUUUGAGGAGCUGCAUGUAAGAUUUGACUAUAAUGGUGCUGUAGCUGUAGAAGCAUUUGAGCCUAUACGUGAUCCUGGUUUUCGUGAAGUUAGCGUAAAGUUGUGAACUUUGAGGCAUUCGAAGAUAUAUACAUAUAUAAACCCUGAUAUACAGCUCUAGGAAAAAAAUUAAGAGACCACUUCAGUUUCUGAAUCUUUUUUUUUUUUCUAUUUAUAGGUUUAUGUUUGAAUAAAAUGAAAAUUGCUGUUUUAUUCUAUAAACUACAGACAUUUACAACAUUUCUCCCAAAUUCCAAAUAAAAAUAUCAUCAUUUAGAGCAUUUAUUUACAGAAAAUGAGAAAUGGCUGAAAUAACAAAAAAAAAACAAUGCAGAGCUUUCAGACCUUAAAUAAUGCAAAGAAAACAAGUUCAUAUUCAUAAAGUUUUAAUCACAGUUUUCAUGCAUCUUGACAUCAUGUUCUCCUCCUCCACCAGUCUUACACACUGCUUUAUGCUGCUUUAUGCUGCUUUACUCCUGGUGCAAAGAAAAAUUCAAGCAGUUCAGUUUGGUGGUUUGAUGGCUUGUGAUCAUCCAUCUUCCUCUUGAUUAUAUUCCAGAGGUUUUUAAUUUGGUAAAAUCAAAGAAACUCAUCAUUUUUAAGUGGUCCAUAAUUUUUUUUUUCAGAGCUGUAUACAAUAAUAUAUGUAAUCAGCAAUGUUCAACAAUGGCCAUAAACUAUUUCACUCUGGCCCUGAGAUUGCAUCAGCAGCCGGAGCCCGAGCGAGCAAAAUUUGCGCCUCUGUCCAGGUGGGUAGAUGGCGUGCUCUACCCUCAUAAAUCCUAUUGUAAUGCUAUCCAACAUAUAUAUAUAUAUUGCGCCUGGGGACCCAGCGCUUUCCUGACUUUACAUUUUGCAUGUAUUGGAGGAGCGCUUGUCCUCAAUCUCAAUGUAUUGUGAGCAUUGCAAUAGAUUCGGGAUAUUCGGCAUUGACUCAGCUAAAUUGGGGAGAAAUUUGGGUUAAAGCACAAACAAACUAACAAAAUAAAUGGCAAUACAUUAUGGUAGUUAAUUUAGACAAAUCACAGUGUUAAACAAAUAUUUUCUAAUAAGUUCUACUCGCACAAUCUUACCUGCUGCUCCUUUAUCCUUAAUACGAACCAGCGUUUCUCUCCGUUAAACUGAUGCAAGGUGUAAAUACCAUAAAAUUAGUUUUUUUUAAACAGUUUUAAAUACAAUCCAGUGUAGCCCUUGUACAGUACUGAUACUGGAAGGAGUAAGACAUUUUGUACAGAUAAUAGAAUCUGUUAGGAAACUAAGCAUCAUGAACAUGUUUUGAAAAUGACUUUUUUUUUUGUUGUUUUUUUGUUUUUUUAAAGUGCAUUACUCUGAUCAGUGUUCCAAUUUCACGUAGUAAUCACCAUGCAAACUUUGUCAACAUGCGUAAAAAUGAAUGUAAAGGCUUUUCCCUCUUCACUUUUGUACCCUAAUACCUUAAUUUUUUGUAUCUGCUUUCUCCAGAUUAAAGGAGCAAUAAGUAA